AUGACUGUUGGGCAGAGGGCCGGAUAUCUCGAAAGAGUAUUUCUUAGUGGCAGGGAAGAUUACGCUAUCAGCGCAUGGGAGCAGGACCAUAGUUCGGAUCCUGAGAGUGCAACACAUGGUCAUAGCCCGGAACAUUUAGAAAUUGGAGCUAAGCUACAUGCUUUCUUUGGGAAUGUAGAUCGCAGCCGAUGUAUUAUGGACGAGCUCUUCCGUCUGUAUCCUAGCUGGGACACAUCUGUUAUGAUGGUUGUAUUUCGCGCUCACACAAGCUCGGAUCUCCAAGAACACCAUCAUAUUGCAAAGCAAAUAUACGUCAAGAUGAGAGAGCAGAAAGGCGACGCCUGCACGACCGAGGACUAUGACGCUUGGCUUGUGGGAUUUCUGGAGGCUCGCAGUCUGACCGACGCAAAGCAAGUGUUCCAGGACAUGGUCAAGGGUGGCUAUUUGCUUGUCAGCGGAGCUACUGGUCGAGCCGAGUCAGUCUUGAGGAGAUUGCAUUUGCUGUAUCAUCUUGGCACCGACAUUUCCAAGAUGACUAGUAUCGCUCUCAAUGCCAUCUCAGUUCUCCCGCCUGUCUAUCACGGCCAUAUAUUUGGAGAUUGGAUGAAGUCCGCUGUUGUGGAAAAGGCACCGGAGGCAGCUGCUCAAAUCUUGGACGUGAUGCUGAAGAGAGGAUAUCAACCAGAAACUUUUCAUUUCAACAUGCUGCUUAAAGCUUUGAUACGUACAAAGGACACCCCCAAUAUUCUCAAGGCCGAGAACAUCGGAUGGCGCAUGAUUGAUGAAGCGUGCAAAGCCCGCGCGAGACACUCAUCGGAUCCACAGACCGGUAGCAUCGACAAGAGGUUUGUCGACCGCGAAACGGGUGUAGGUACUGUACAAGGUGUUCCUGCAGCCAAUGUUACUACGUUCGCUCUGAUCAUGCAACAUCACGCUAAGAGCUUGCAAUGGGAACAUGUUGAGUACCUGACCCGUCAGCUUAGGGAGACGACUGUUGAGCCGAAUGCCACUAUCAUGAACGUCAUCAUGGACAACAAGUGUCGCCAGGGUGCUUACAGUGAAGCCUGGAUGGUUUACAAAGCCCUCACCAACCCACGAGAGGGCAGUAAAGGCGUUUACCCAAAUGGUGCAAGUCUCCGUUGUCUUUGGAAAACGCUUCGCCUAGCACUUGGAGAUCACGCCACCCGGAAUGAUCCUACCCUGCCCACUCCUCGCGAGCUAUUGAAAGAGACGAUAUCCUGGCGAAUUCUAAGUCGCAGUCGCUACGAUGCUGAUCGUUUCAGAAUGGGUAUCGCAGGCGCCGACAAAGGAGCGAUAACGUCACUCAUCAUGCACUGUUUCGGCUACACUCAGGACCUCGCUGGCUCGCUCAUUGCCCUGCAUGUUCUCCGUCACCACUUUUCCAUAUUUCCAACCAACAAAGCAGCCCAGAUCUUGCAAAAACAAAUGGCUUGGGUAGACAUGGCGCGCGAUUCAGAAUCUGUGCGUAGUCAAUAUUUCCACAGUCGCUCCAACAAGAAGAAUAUGGAACGUGUUGUGAGAGUAUACGAUAUUCUUUUGGAGCAGCGGUUAGCUAGGAUGGAUCUGAAGGAAGGAGAGUAUGAGAAGUUGACUGAGGAACAGAUUGGAGAUGUGGGACUGAACCUGUUGAGCGAGUAUGUGAGAGUGAUGCUCAAGAGGAAUUACCCGCCUGAGGUUGUGGAAGCUAUGAUUGAUGCGGCGAGGCGUGCAGUAGGCGUGCCCGACCUGCCUACUGGGGACAUAGAUGCUUUUGAGGUGGUCUGA